AUUCCCGCGACAUCAUCAUCCCACACUAGUGGAGCUCCACGGUGUGCGAUGUGAUGCUCAGUCCUGCACAGUAGCGGCUACAGGAGGCGUGCUUGUCCCUGCCACAGGAGCACAGGAGGAGGACUGGAGCAGCGGCCAGCAGGCUUUUUUAAACCGGGCAUUGGACACACCGUUAAAGAGAGCGCUUUUUUGGGGUGCUCUGCCCCCGCCUCCCACCCUCCCAAGCGAUGGCAUCUAUGGAUCGAUCAACGGGAGCGCGUUGAGGCUCUGAGUGAUGCAGUCUCUGUUUGGCGGAGGGGAGCUGGGGCUGCUGGGAGGAGGCGGCGACGCAGGGGGCCUGAAGGAGGAUGGCUGUGGCAGCGUGGUGUGGCGGUCCUCGCCCCUGCCCCCCGACGACGUCUACUCAGCCUCCCACUUUGCCCUUAUCACGGCCUAUCAGGACAUCAAGACGAGGCUGGCCUGCCUGGAGCGAGAGAACACCAGUAUCAAGAGGAAGCUGAAGAUCUAUGAGAUCAAGUUCCCCAUGAUCAGCGAGUUUGGGGAGGACACUAACUCCUACUGCUCCUUUGAGAGCAAGGAGACGGCGCUGCUGCACUCAGAAAAUGGAAACCUGCAGCAGAGAGUCAACGUCCUGACCCACGAGCUUCAGAAGAGGAAGGAGAGAGAGGAGCAGCUGGAGGAUGUGAUCCAGGCCUACGAGAAGAUCCACAUGGAGAAGAGCAACCUCCAGAGGGAUCUCGACAAGAUGACCAGCCUGGUGGAGAAGCAUGUCGAGCGUAUCCUGAACCUGGAGUCAGCUCUGAGGCAGAGAGACAACUCACUGCAGAAACUCAACAUGCAGCUGCACAGCAAAGACAUGCAGUAUCUGCAGCUGCACGCCGGCCCAGACUCACACAUGCUGGACUGCCCAGCGCUGACCCUUCAGAGCUCCCGCAGCCUGGACGCACUGUCCGACCUGAAGCUGCAGCGGCUGGAGGCUGAGCUCGAGGGGGCGCGGCACGAGGCCCAGGGGGCGUGUCAGCGGGAAGAGGAGCUGAAGGCAGAGUGCGAGAGACUGAAGGAGGAGAUGAGACAGCUGCAGAACAGCCAGAGGGAGAGGGAAAUGACUUCUCCGUGCAAGCAGUGCGAUGUGGAGUGGAUAAAGAAGGUGGGAGAUGAGCAGGUGAACUUGGCUCUGGCCUACACAGAGUUAACAGAGGAGCUGGGGCGCCUCCAAGCACUGAGCUCCAAGCAGACGGAGAUCCUGAGGAAAGCCUCACAGGAGCAGGCUAGUCCAGUUCAGCGCCACUCUCCCAUCCACCACCAGCGCCACUCUCCAGUAUCUCAGCGCCACUCGCCCAUCUCACAGCGCCAUUCUCCAGUCCCGCCUCCACCACAGCACUCCCCAAUCCAACAGAGACGCUCCCCAGUACUGCAGCGCCUCUCCCCAGACAUGCACCGCCGCUCGCCCCUACUGGACGUCAACGACGGACCGGCCUCUUACUCCUGCCGGCCGCCCAGCCAGCACCUGAGGGCCAGUUUCCAGGGCCGGCGAAGUUACUCUGAGGUUGCUGACCCCUCGGCUUACCAGUGCCCGCCCCGCUUCUCUCUGGACCCUGUCUCCACCCUGCCUAAGCCUCGGCCUUAUGUUGAGGGCUACCCAAAACAACAGCCCCAACACGUGGGCUCUCCUCACGGUGGACUGCAGCACAGGAGUUCCCCGUCUCCCCAUCAAAGUGGUGGGGGAGGAGACGGGGGCCUUGGGGAGAGCUCCAUGCGCCACUCCAGAGAGAUGCCAUUCCCACUGUCUGAGGUGGCUCACCUUCAUUUUGAGCCCCCUCCUCCUUCCACACCGGCCCCCCAGCCCCCACAGUCCUCUGAAGAUGAGGAGGAGUGGACCUGCCCUCAUCCCAUCAGCCCACCGCGGACACUGGGAGUGCUCUCUGCUGCAGUGCCCAGCGGUGUCAUGAGAGGCCCGGCGUCCUGCUCAGCCUUCCCCAUCCCUCAGAGGCCUAACACCCUCAGCUGCCACCCUCAGCCUGGGUACAUGUCAGCGGAGCAUGCUCAGUCCUGGCCUUCGAUCAAUCUCUGGAUGGAGACUGAAGAGAGCGACAUGCGGAGCUGCCCUCUCUGCCAGCUGAUUUUCCCUGUUGGUUACCCUGACGAUGCCCUCAUCAAGCACAUCGACUCCCACCUGGAGAACAGCAAGAUCUGAUCGCCAUGGCAACCGGCCCUCUCAUACAUACAUACACAUAUACACACACACACACACACACAUGCGCGUGCGCGCGCGCACACACACGCACACACACAAACACAUCUGCGCUCUCUUCUUAUAGAUUAUGUAAGAGACCGGCAGAUCUGGACAAAAUGGAAAGUCGAACGUAGAAUCACAGGCGAUCCAUUUAGAGCCAGUUAGCCGUGUGUGAAAACAUUAUAAGUAGGGUAUGCAAAAUGGCACAGGGGCCUGUUUUAUUUGGGAAGUACUUAAACACGGGUCCGUCUUGGAUUUGUGAGUGUACAUGCAGAGUCCUUCACUGAUUGCCCUCAAGACAGCUCUGCCUGUAUAAUCACUGGCUCUGGUUGCUGCUGUUUUGUCAUAAGUCUUGUUGUGUGGUUUCAGACAGUUUCAGGUAUUGUGUUGUUUUUCGCUUCACAGUGUAGUACCACUAUGAACACACACAGUACACUUAAGUAAAGUGAGCUGAUGACAAGGUAUGAGAGGCAGGCUGGCCAGUUCAGUAGCUCUGCAUGUCAAAAAGUUAGUUUCAGUGUUAAAGAGGAAACGAUCAGGGAGAUCCGAGGCAUCUUUUUUUGACAGACUAUUCUCACCACUUAGCUUUAAAUACCGUACUCCUGCUUGGAAAUUUUCUAUCUCACAAACAUACUACAGUAUAUUUUGCAGAGGAUUCUGUGCAGUAAGUGCCAAGGACAGUGAUCUGGUAGAAGCUGGUUUAUUGAAAUGAUCUGACAGAUAUACAUGUGGGACAGUGAGAGGAUAACACUGUGAGGGCAUUCUGACAGUCGAUCAGGGGUUUGAUGCCAGUUCACUUUCACUUUUAUAAAAACAAAUGAGUGUGUUUCAGAAAGUAUAAAACAUUCCAGUCUCACAUCUCAUCAACUGACAGAUUAACUGACAGGCUGGAGAACAUGAAUGUGAAAGUACAUUUGGAUGAGCCUGAAGGUGGUUUUACCCGAACUGAGUUUUGAUGAUGCCCUGCAGGGCGGGGCACUUGAUGUUGAUGUGUCUUCUCCAUGAGCGGAGGGAAAUUUUAGUCAGAAUAUACCUUUAUGCUUGCAGCCUGUUCAAAAAUCUAAGUAUCUUAGCACUUUAAGUUAGCAUAGCCUAUACAAUGUAUCCGUUUUCAGUCCCCAUAUAUAUAUAUUUUCCAUGUAUAAUUUACUAUUUAUAUUGUCUAUCUGUAAGGCAAAAAAUAUGAAGAUAUAUUUUUGCAAAUGUUGAUGCACCACAUGUCUCAUGUUAGUGACAUGUUUCUCCCAUGUGCUUGCACACUGUUGUGUAUAGAGGAUUGGAGGGUCAAAAUCCCACCACACGGGAUGCUUUUCUGUAUAAAGACUUUAAAUUAUCAACUGGGAUUCUCCUCGGUCUUCCUAAAGAUCUGACCUUCAAAAACAGUUUGAUGUCACGACUGCCCAGACCACCCAACAAAAAACUUAACAAAAAAGAACGCACACAGCUGGCUGCAUGAGAUCAAGACUUCUGACCUGCUUUGAGGAAAAAAGUGGCAGGCUUUAUAGUGUACUGUAUUUCUAUCUCGGAGAUCUGAUACCAGAAACAUCAUCUCCAAUCAGCAACGUUAUCUCUGCAGGGUUUAAGCAAAGACGAUACUCUUCUUUUGAUACGUUGGUUUCAUUUUUAUCACAAGCGGAAUCUUAUCUCGAGAUCUGCUUGUGGAACUUCUUUUUUGAAAAAAGGAUUUUAAAAAAACAAAGUUACACUGAUGUCAGCUAAUCUGAAGCUUUUAGUUACAUGUGCAGUUUCUAAUGUAGGGGAUGUCCCUACAUACCCACUCAUGCAUUUAAACUGAUUUGAUACUGAAGAGCUGAAAUGUGAUAGAUUAGAGCACAUAGUCUAUAGACUGUGGCAGCAGGAUGAUGCAGGACAUAAGUUUCAAGUCUUUGAGUCAGCUGAGUUCAACCUCGCUGAAGUACUCUUGAAAACACUGAAUCCCUACGAGCUCUGGAAGACUUUGCUUCAGGCUUUAAUUUUCCUAUGACGGUUUUUAAAAAAGAGAAUUUUUCAAUGCGGGUCAAAGGAAAUCUGAUUAAAGGAUAAUUCUGGUUUAUUACUACUUGGACCUUAUUUUAGUAGGUUCAUGACAACACUGUGCUUGUCUGGUUAAAUGCUGAGAUCUGGGGAUGCAGCAACAGCUUUUAAAAAAAAAAAAAAAAAAAAAGUCAGACGAAUUAGUGAUUUGCUUUUGCUGGCAAGCUAACUGCUAACACACUAGCCAGCUGCGCUAGUGGGAGUCAGUCACAACAGUUUCUGUCCUCUUUCACUAUACUGAUCUGUUUGGUCCUGCCUGGCACUUCUCUCUUACUUACUGACUCUUACUGAAGAGGAAACAUACAACAACCGUUAUCAAGCUCAUUAGCUAAUAAGUUCACACAGUUUAUUUAAAAGAUGUAUUUAUACCAUUGACUCCUGUGUCCUAACUGUGGAGCAGUUUACACAGGGGCAGAGGAGGUUAAUUAAAAGUGAAAGAUAUGACACAACUAACAAGUCAUGAUAGCUUCCUCCAUUUUGAUUUCUUUGGUUCGCCAUAAAAAGGGCCACACUAUCAUGAGGGCUUGUUGGUAAAUGGCUCAAAGUUAUGGGUCAAAGUUCACCCAACUUAAAAUUGUAUGGAUUCACUUUCAACCUGUAAGAGAACCUGUGAAUCACAGUUCCAUUUGGAAUUAAUUUAAUUUAAGACGCCUAAAAAAAAGGGUUCCCGGCCUGAAGUAAACAGCGCCUCAGAAAUUAGAAAUACGAAAUUAUUGUAUCAUUAUAAAAUACAUUACACUUCAAAACAAGCAGAGGCACUACCUCACACUACAGAGGCUACAUAUAGUAACUAUAGUAAUCCAUGAGAUGAUGCCUCAGGAUUUGUUUGAUCACAGUAUGGAAAAAGUCAAAGGGUCAGACUGUCACAACCAGGUGGGGGUAUGAAAGCAAAAACCUGAUCUGCACUACUAGUCAGACUUCAUUAUUCACCAGGGCCUGCACUGAGUUAAGUUUAGAUAUUGAGCAGCAGGACGAUUACCUUACUACUAAGCUCUGUGUUGUUUUGUUGUUUGCAGUGACUGAUUAUACAGAGUUUCAGCAGCACUAACCACCUCCACUAACCAAUUUCCUGGGGGAAACCCUGAAAUCUAUACAGAAUUUCACAAGAAAAAUGGUCAGGUUCAAAGAAGUUUCAAAAAUAAACAUAACUAUAUGUACCAUUAAUCAUCUUCACAACAUCCUUAUGGAGGUUUCGAUCUGGCUAAACAUGAUGCAUCAAAGUUUCAUCUGACUGCUUGUGUUUCUUUCCUAUCAGACUUGUUUUUAGCAAUGUCGCAGCACUCUGAGAUUUAAGCACUUAACUCGCUGAUUACAAUGUUAUUGUAACUGAUGAAAGCAAAUUGAAAUAAACUGGAAUUAUCCUUUACAGAACCACAUCCUGAGGUGUAUAAAACAGAGGCAGUACAGAGAUACUUGACCAUUAAAUCGAAGAGGGCUUUAAUGACUCCCGAUUAUUCUAUACUGUAUGUAUGUUCCUAUAUCAUUCUGUGUAAAAAUAUUUAAAGCUGUGUACAGACAGAUAUUUUGCAAGUGUGUAAGACUAAUGCAACAUGUACUCUAUUAUUCAACAACUUCAAAUUGGAGUGUCUGUAAAUCAGUACAUAUAACCCUAGCCACCACCACACUAAAUAUUAAUUAUAUGCCAGUUAUAUACAAGUACUUCCCUACACCUUUCCUCUCUCACUCACUACGUAGUGAUAUGUUCUUUAGUCAACUAAUAUCCAACAGUCAGUCUUAAGCUGUGGGAUGUGGAGUGAGCAUUUUCCAGGCUUUGUCACAUGCAACCGCAAAUGAUCUGGAUCUAUACUGGGUUUAAAGAAAAAUGACAAAUUAAUGUUUGAAGGUUUUAAGUCAUUGUCGAGAAAUUACAAGUGUCUGAUGCAUUUUUUUUCUGGUUUGAUUUAUCAUGCAGCAAAGAAAGGAAAUGUGCAUCAAGUAAUUGUUGUCACUGGUGAUCAUGAUGUAAUGUUGCAUCAUAAACUACUCACUCAGCAAAGUGAAGUUUAACUGCAUUUGGAAACUUUAAGUUAUAGCCAGGUGAUUUAUUUGAACUUAAAGUCCAACAGCAGCUGAGUUACUUUUUAUUUCUUCAUGGAGGAAAUGUGCAGCGGUUAAAGAUUUCACAAACAGAAUGCCCCCCCCCCCAUCAGAGGACCAAUGUUGGCUCAUAGCCAAAGAUGACAAAUUAUUUCCUGUAUUUUGAAAAACAUGGUUAAGUGGGUUUCUUGUUCAUGUCAGUGUCAUGUGGAAAGAUGCACUGUGGUUAAUGGUGCUGGGAUGUUCAUAACCACAACCUGUUGGCCAGCAGCAGCAGCAGCAGCAAUGCAGAGUGAUCUCGCCCAGUAUGAACUCACCAUGUGAUGUAGAUGUUUACACUGCAACACACCCGCAUGUUCACAAACUGUGCUGAGGUCCAUUACAUGAAGUUUAUAAUUCGCUUCAAGAUAACAAAAAGUCAAUGUCUGAAAUCGUCACCUUGUUCUUCUUCCCUUUUUUGUGUCCUAACAGCAAAGAGACUCCUUGGUUUACUCAGGAGAUUAACACAAAGACAAAUCUAGCAGUGGAAAGAUCAGAUCUGUCUGCAUUAGAUUGAAAUUAUACAUUUCUUUAUCAUGAAAUUUCACUCAAAAUUCCCCACAGAUUUACUCAGGAGACAAACAGCUAGGUCCAACAAAGAGUUACAGUUAAAAAGAACUCAUUCUUUUUUCUUUCUUGUAAAGCUCCUCUCUCCUAUAUCUAACUAUGUGAGGUUGUUCUCCUGGGUAACAUUAAGCGUACACGGAGACCUCAGCACUAAUGAACUCUCCACAACACUAAUGAGAAGUAAUGUCUACUCUGCAGCACAUGUGUGGUGGAACGACACUGCUGACAUUCAACUACUUUACGAGUGUGAUAAAAAAGAAAACACCAACAGAGAUAUACAAAGAGUCACUUUUACUUUCUCUCUUUCUCUGUCUGUAAAUAUACUAAUAAAUAAACUGGAACUUGCACUGAAA